AUACUGUUCUUGUUUAUGUUUAUUGUAGUUUACCCACGGUUUUCGUCACAAGUUAACUUAUCAACUUAAGCCAUGGCUUCAGACGAGUCCGAUGAUGAGCCACUCGCCAGUAUAGCGGCUGCUAAAAAGCUAAAUCCGGAGAAAUAUUCCGAAGUUACAAUUGAACUCUGCAAAGACGAACCGGCCAAGAAAAAGAAGAAGAAAACCUUUCCUCAAAAGAAAAUGAAUGCUAUGACGAUUAAGAUCAACCGUGCUCUGAAGGCUGUGAUCUCCCCACCGGUCGUGGAAAGGCCUAUGGAUGUCUGGCUAUAUUUAAAAGAUCUUAAUCCAACCGGACCAUACAGUUGUUUGCUUUGCCCGGAUUGGUUUAUAAAUAGAGGCAAAAUGAUUUUACACUAUGUAUUGAAUCAUAAGAAAGACUAUUGUGGCAUAUGCAGAUAUUUUGUACCAGACAGAGAAGCCUGGCAGGCCCACCUCAAGUUCCAUGUGCCCUGGCCCUGCUCACAGUGUGUAAAGAACUUUGAUACCGAAGUCGAGCUUCGUCAGCACUUCAGUGCGGAGCACAACCUGGUCCACUGCCGACUGUGCCAUUUCCGAGUACCUGAUGAUGACCAGUACAACACACACUUGAUACAGAAGCACAGUGUCUCCAACUUGUCUUGCAAAGAUGAGGACACACUUUGGGAAUUUGAGUAUGAAGGCAGUAACAAAUUCCUUUGCUUACUGUGCUCUAAAUCAAACAAUCUAAGCACAAUGUUCUUUAAUCAUUACAUGGGCUACCACCAUUACACUCUCAAAUGUCUAAGUAGCAUACUCUCCGGUAGAGAUCUACCUUUUGUUAUAAGCGGAGCUGAUGUUAGUCCGCAGUUCAUUGAUGACCAACUUAAAGAUCAAAGUAGAGUUGGUUACGUAGACCUACAGAAAAAUACCGAUGAAAAUAUCAAUGAAGAUCAUAGUGACAAUGAGUCAGAUCUAUUUAAAGUGCUCAUACCAGAAAUAAAACAGGAAGCCAUUAGUGAAACGGAGGAAACGGAAACACCUAGCGAAGAAAAGCCUAAAGGAAAGAUAAAGAAAGUCAGAGAUGCGAACGACAUUGGAAAUGUUUAUAAAGGUGACGAAGACUUUGAUAUUACGUUAACAGAGCUAAUAAUCUUACAAAAAUGCUACUUUGAAUAUGUAAACCGAACUUUAAAUGACAUAAACUCCAAUUUGGUUCCUGAAGUUUCUGACAUAGACUAUGCUACAGCAAAACCUGAUCUUCCAAGUGAUAUAAUCUGCUCACUUUGUAAGAAUAAGUAUGAUAAUAUGCAGGCUUUUAUGACUCACAUGAUUAAAAAUCAUUUUAUGAAGGUAGCACCAAUAUUUUCAUGCAGGGUGUGCACAGCUACAUUUGAAAGCCAGAUGGAGUUGGACAGUCAUGUAACUGAGGAGCUAGGUGAUUUUGAGGAUCUGUGGAUCUGUCAGUUUUGUGACAAAGAAUUUGACAAUAGAGAAGACACAAGGAAACAUCUAAAUGAACACUGGGAGUCAAUGGAGUUUGACAACUGUUUUAGUCCGCAUUUGGGCUUCAAAUGCAAGUAUUGUUCAACGCUGUUCUGGAAUGAGACUGAUAGAGAGACGCAUGAAGUUCGUACACAUUUCAAUCAGUAUACGGAUCAGUUUUACAAAUGCGAGGAUUGCUCGGAAACAUUCAGUGACAAGGUUUUCUACAUCCACCACUACAUGGAAAAGCACCACAGCCCCGACUCCCCCACAUACAUGCUAAAGUGCAGUGUGUGCUGCAUCGUCCGUCCCAGUAUUGAGGAGAUGAGGACACACUUUGAGGACAAACAUCCGGACGCGAGGAAGGUCUUCUGUUCAUUGGAUUCUUGCCAGUACCGCCCGCUGAGUCACAGAAAGUCGUUCAAAUUUCAUUUGAGGUCGGUCCACGACCCCACAGCGCGGCCGCAGCGCCCCGCCACCUGCACUAUUUGCGAGCGCGACUUUGUUAGCACUCGCGCCCUCGGCGCCCAUAUGGCGCAGGUCCAUGGCCCGGGCAAGUUCAAGUGCAAACUGUGCAGGGAGGUCAUGCACACGCUGGAUGAGAGAAAACUGCACUACCUGAUCCGUCAUCCCGGCCGCCAUCCAUUCGAAUGCGCAGAAUGUGGCAAAUCGUUCCAAUACAAGUCAUCUCUAUACAUGCACAAGCAAGAACAUUCCCCCAUCAAGCAGAGCUUUACUUGCACCUACUGCUCUAAAGUAUUUGCGAAACGUGACUCCUUCCGCGAGCACCUGCAGAUCCACGAAGGCCCCCGUCAUGCCUGCUCCUACUGCCCCAUGCGUUUCGUGCAACGUUCGAACAUGCUCCGACACGAGCGGAGACACACAGGGGAGAGACCGUACGCGUGCCAACAUUGCCCGAGAACGUUCUCGGAUAAGGGGGCUUGUAACUCACACUCUAGGACACAUUCCAAGGAUACGUCAUACGCUUGCAUCUAUUGCGGACAGACGUUCGUUCAGAAGUCUAAGCUCACCUAUCACAUAAGAAAACAUACUGGGGAAAACUUGGAGACGUGUACCAUCUGUUCGAAACUGUUCACUAGCGCUUGUUCCUUACGCGAGCACAUGAAAAUACACGAGGCCAAGAAGAAAGGAGCGGUUCAGUGCCCUCUCUGUGAAAGGAAAUACCAAGAUGAGCGUUACAUGCUGCGUCACCUCCGCACUUCACACACUAGUACUUCAUUCCCUUGUCCGCUGUGUGACAAGAAUUUGACCAGCAUGGCCGGUUUGCGGCACCACGUGGUCACACACGGUGGCCUCAAUACUUUCCGGUGUAAAUGUUGCCCUAAAUCCUACGCCGUGAAGCGUUCAGUCGUCAAACACCUCAGAAAACGCCACGGCCUGAAGGGCACAGACAUAAACAUCAAAGACUACUUCAAACGCAUAGACCCCCGAGACUGCAAUCUAGGUCUAGACGACGAGGCUAUGACCAAAAUAUUCGGACCACCUAAAAAAACCAUGAACGAUAUACUAAUGGGCGAUUUUGUUACACUCACUGAUAAAUUAACUGGUAAUCAAAAUACAAAUAAUGAUGAUGAUGAUGAUACGAAUGAUGAAGAUGAUAAUGAUGGCAAAGAUUCUGAUGAUAAUGAGAAUGAAAAUGUGCCGGAAGAAAUAAGUACAGUGAUUAUAAAAACUGAAAAGAAAGACCCAGAUGAAUUGGAGCCGACUGAUUUUGUUAGCGUUAAAAUUGAGCCGAUGGACGAAGAAGCAUCGGAAUAAAUAAAAUAAAAUAAUAUCCUCGUAAGGUACAGU